AUGUAUUCUGCCUCGAAUUCGUUCCUUGGCAGCGCAAACAGCGCUCGCCAGCAGCAACAGGCAUCACCAUUCCAGCAACAGCAACAGCAACCAGCUGGCUUUCAGCAUGGCCUAGUCACCCAACCCACGGGCUUCCCUGGUGGUCAGCAACUUCAGCCUCAGUUCACUGGUUUCCCGGGCGCUCCUAAUCCGACAGGGUUUCAACAACCGUACAGUCAAACAUCGCUCCAACCGCCCCAGCAGCAGCAACCGCAAUUGCAGGCCCAAUUCACCGGAUUCCCAGGCGCUGCUCCUCAGAACCAAUUCGCUCCGAGUCAGUCAUCGCAAGCUCCGCAGCAACAAAAUGCAGCCUCUCAACAAUUUCCCAGUGCAUCCGCAGCGCCCCCCACGAUUGCCGUUCACAAGACAUCGGCGCAGAUGGCGCAAUCGUUCAUUCAGGACAGCUCGUCUUCCCGACCGACUCCGCCGCCGAAGUCAGGGCCGAGAAUGCCGAAUAUGAGGCUUUCGUUCAUCACUGCGGAGGAUCAAGCCAAGUUUGAGCAGCUGUUUAAAGCCGCGGCUGGAGAUGAUGUGACAUUGGAUGGAGACAAAGCUCGGGAUAUCUUGUUGCGUUCACGGCUUCCUGGCCAGGAUCUAUCUAAGAUUUGGGUCUUGUCAGAUACCAACAAAACCGGCCAGCUUUUCUUCCCCGAGCUCGCAUUAGCUUUGUACCUCUGCAACCUGAGGCUUACUGGCAAGGAGAUUCCUACGUCUCUGCCCGAAAAAAUCGCCAAUGAAGUUUCGUCAAUGGUCGACAUCAUUUCAUUUGGCGUCCCGGAUACUCAGUCAAGCGCGCCACAGACCAAUGCUCCCAAGUUCGACGCUCCUCUUAUGCAAAACUCUGCAGCGCCCCCGGCUCCAAAACAGCCCACGCCGCAACAGCCGUCAAACACGCAGCUCCUGAAUCAGCUUACUGCUCAACCUACUGGAUUCUAUAACCAAGCGACUGGUUUCCAGCCGCAAGGUCUAGCACCACAGCCCACCGGAUUCCCAGGUCAGUCGCAACCUGUUCAACCCCAAGCUACCGGCUUUCUUAGCAACCCGCAAGCAACUGGAUACAAUGGCCCACGCCCUCCCAUGCCACCUAUGCCCACUGGCUUUGCCUCCCAUUUAUCUCCAUCACAGACUGGAAUGGCCCCGUUGGCUGCCCAACCUACUGGUGUUCCUGGCCAGUGGGGAUUUGUUAACACGCCUGCAACUGGGUUGCCGAACAUUGAUGCCCUGAAGCAACAACUCAUGCCACAGCCUGGCCGCGAAGGAGGUUUCAGUACGACUGGUCUCUCGGGCAAUGCGAACAUUCCAUGGGCUGUCACUAAGGAGGAGAAGAAAAUAUAUGAUCAGCUUUUCCGCGCCUGGGAUGGUAUGAAUAAGGGAUUCAUCGGUGGAGCAACUGCUAUCGAAAUCAUGGGUCAGAGUGGCUUKCCGACUUCGGAUCUAGAACGCAUUUGGACAUUGGUAGAUUCCAACGACAAAGGAAAGAUCAACCAGGACGAGUUCUGCGUCGCUAUGCACUUGAUCUACAGGAGACUUAACGGCUAUCCUAUUCCUACACGCUUGCCACCGGAAUUGGUUCCACCUUCGACAAGGAACUUGAACGACUCUAUUGGCACAGUCAAGUCUUUGCUAUCUCAGGAUGCAGAGGCCCGCAAAACAAGUGGUGCUUUCCUUCAGCCCCAGAAGACAGGUGUCAGCUACCUGAAAGAUCACUCUUUCCGAGGUGGCGCAACAUCACCCGGUGCAGCAACGCGACGUGACGCCACCAGGUACCAGAACAGAGACGAAGUUGGAUAUCGCUCCAGCGCUCGUCGUAGAGUUGGUAAUGGUGGCAGGACGCCUUCCCCAGCUGCUUCAUCGCAAGUCUCGGAAAGAUCAGACGAUGAAUUGACUGUUGAUCAGCUGAAGAAAAAGCUUCGCGAAACGAAGAUCAUGCUGGACGCUGUCGAUUUUAGAGACCAGAACCAGGCAGAAGAAGACGAUGCUAUGGACCGCAGAGACAGACGUGAGGCAGAGUCUUUGAUGGAUCGCAUUCGUCGUGUCCAAGAUGAUAUUGACACCGAUCCCAAAUCUGCUUUCCGUGGUGUGGACUCCGGCGCAGAACGUCGUUCUUUACGCCGUCAGCUCCAGUCAUAUCAAGACAAGAUCCCCGAGAUUGCCUCUAACGUACGCAAGGUCGAGAGAGCAAUUGCCGAAGCUAGACUUGAGCUAUUCCGCUUGCGUGAUGCUAAAGCUCACCCUAACAGUGCCCUGAAUAUCAUUGGUACCGGMCCAGGAGGCGCUAUAACUGAAGCCGAUAGGAUCAAAGCUCGUGCCCGGGCUCGUAUGCAGGCACGUGCCGCCGAAUUGGCAGGUCGCCCUGUUCCCACUUCGUCAGACGAUGAGGGUGCAGCUACUCGCCGACUUGAAGAGGAGAAUGUAAAGAUCAAAGCAGAGCGCGAGCGUAACGAGGCCAUGACAAAGGACGUGGAGGAAAGUGUCAAAGAUUUCUCACACAGCCUUGAGGAUAGUCUCAAGGAGGGCACCGAGAACUCUACUCGCGAACAUGAGAGGCGCCGUUGGGAAGAGGCUCUCGGAGUGGAAGAUACAAUCCGAGACUUUAUCUACGAUUUACAGCGUGGUAGCCGAACAGCUAAGAUCCGGAAGGAAGACCAGGCUCGUUCCGUGUCCAGGGAGCCGCCGUCGGUGACAAAAUCUGAACUACCGUCACGACCCGCUCCGAGCUCGACAGAAUCGUCUGCAUCUCUUGCGGGUCAGACUCAUGAGGAACGUGUGGCUUCGGCAAGGGAGCGUGCGCAAAGGCGCAUUGCUGAGCGCAUGGCUGCGGCUGGUCUCAAACCUAGCACCGACUCCGGCGACACUCUUCUUCAGCGUCAAGAGCGUGAAAGAAAGGAACGUGAAGAGAGAUUGAAAAAGGCGGAGGAGGAAGAUGCCAAACGGGAGCAAGAAAGGCAACGCCGUCUCGCUGAUGAACGAACGCCUGCGCCCGCUGCUGUUAAAGCCGCUGGCAAGAAACCCCCUCCAGCGCCUCCCUCACGCAAGGGUCGACCAGACAGUCAAGCUGAGUCAAGGACUGCCGAAGAAACGGCAAAGGCAGAAGAGACUGCAAUCAAGGAACAAGCAAUACGGGAGGAGCAAGAGGCCCAGGAAGCUGAGACGAGACAGCUUGAGGACGAGACUCGUCGACAGGAAGAUGAGCUACAGAAGGAACGUGAAGCUCAUGAAGCACGCCUUCGCGCCCUUGAAGAGCAGGUCCGUGCCGGUAAAAUAAAGAAGCAGGAAGAGAAAAAACGCAAGCAGGCCGCAGAGCGAGAGGCAAAGGAGAAGGAAGCCAGACUUGCUGCGCAAAGGGCUGAGUUGGAGGCAGCGAAGGAGCGUGAACGUCAGCUACAGCGAGAACUCGAGAACCUCGACGAGAGCUCUUCUGACGAGGAGGGCCCUGUUGAUAUCAGCACUCCUGCAGCUCCCGUAUACUCUCCCCCGCCAGUCUCUGUGACUGCAGCCGAAGCUGUCGAUGUGCAGCCCACGCCACCAGUCAAUGGUUCGCCAUCCAGCAGCCGUAGCGUUGGUGCAGCCGAGUCAAAAAMCCCCUUCUUCCGACAGCUCAAUCAGCCCGCCGAGGCUCAAUCAGCCGCGGCCAUUUCCCCUCCUUCGACAGAACCUGCUGCAAUCACUCCUUCAUCAGAAGGGCAGUCUACAAAUCCAUUCUUCAGGCUCCAGCAGCAGCAACAAGAGGMCAGUACAAAAGUCGCAUCAGGUCCAGCAGCCAUCCCCGGUCCUCUUGAACGAAAGCCUCGUGCACGUCCCGAACAGGAUGAUGACUGGUCUGCCGCUGGAUCUGACAAUGAAUCUUCUGAUGAUGAGGAUGACGACCGUGUAGGAGGCGGAAGCGCUAAACAACUUGCAAGCAUCCUCUUUGGCACUAUGGCACCCCCUAGACCUUUGAGCGCAAUGGACGAUUCGAAAUCUGCGACUCCUGUACAAGAAAACAGUCCCACCGUGCCGCCUCCUCCGCCGGCACACCCAAUUGAAGAGGUUCCCUUCUCACCGGAGGCCGAGACUCCAGUCGCAGUAACAGCACCCUCUGCUCCUCCUCCACCGCCUCCUCCCCCACCCCCAGGUGCUGCUGGUCCUCCUCCACCGCCUCCACCUCCUCCUGGUGGUGCUCCUCCUCCACCGCCUCCACCACCCGCUGCUGGUCCUCCUCCAGCCUUGGGCGGCGGUGGUGGCAACGACCGCGGUGCACUAUUCGCAUCCAUCCGAGCUGGAACCGGGUUGAAGAAGGUUGAGACGAAAGACCGAAGCACAAGCUCCGUUGCUGGUCGUGUACUGUGA